GUGGUGUCUCUUAGAAAUUGAUUUUCCCGAAAUCAAUAUGUCGUUACAAAUGUGUCGUGAUCAACGAAAGUUGGGGCAGAUGGUCGAUCAAAUGAAAAUACUUGCCAAUAAUUUGGACGAGUUGCGAGCCGAAAUUUCUGCGUUGAAGGCGGGCUAUUUGACGAAGAAAGACGAUCCUUCGCGUAAUAACGAUUCGAAACAAAAUUCGAACAAAAGUGGCAAGACUAACGUUUUAAGUAAAUUAAAAAAAUAUAUGAAGAAAAUGAAAAGCAUGUACUCGUUGAGAAAGGAGCAGAAACGAAGGAAUCAAGAGGCUUUCUACCCAUGCUCGAAUAUCGAUCCCCCGUUGUCCUCGUUUCUAAAUUACAUUUUCCCUAACCAAAGAAAAGAUAUAUGGAAGUUGCCGCCACGCAUCAAAUACUUGAAAAGCCGAGGUAAUCAGACGAGCGACAAGCAGGAGGCGACGCGGUGCGUCGCGGCGAGAUCCCCGUGCGUUCGCAUGGGCGACCGUGGGAAGCCGGAGGAGAAGAGUUAUCGUCUCGAGUCUUGCUCGUUCCCGAAACGCCAAGAUGGCGACCAACAAGGCGAUAGCGAAGCGAGCCCGAGCAAUGGCGACGCGACGCUCGUCCCUCACUGUUCCGAGAUAAGUUGCGUGCUGGACGUGAAGGUGGAAAAUUCCGUGUGCUCCCCACCCGGCUCGAACGUGAACAUCUACUCGGAUUCGUACACGUUCGCCGAUAUACCUCGAGACCAUCCCCCCCAGGUGUGCUCGUCGGUGGGGAUCGAGAGCAAGGAAUCGGCGACCAAGUCCACCCAGACGAACGUGACGAACGAUUGGAGGCGAAAGAGUUCGAGCAACUCUUACCUGAAACAGUCGAAUCUUUGCUUCUCCAAGAUAAAGAAUGCCGUGAUCACGAAGAAAAUUGUGAAGAAUUCGAACGAGAGCACGUUCACCAUAUGCGGGGAGAUGGCGGACGACGCGAAGUAUUAUCCGUGUCCGAGAAAGAAUUGUAACAAAUUCAAGAGGAGGCAGAACAGCUUCACCCAAUGGAACGAGCAGCAGAAAACUGCAAGCGAGCAAGAAGAGCCGAUGCCUAAAACCGUUCAAGAGAUGAAGGAUAAUUUGUCGAACGCGAGCAACAAGAACGUGUAUCAGAACGCGUUGCCUGUAAAAGAUUCGGAUUCGUCCCCUUCGUUGGCCUCGUUGGAUUUGGAAGUGAAUAUUUCCAACAUUUCCACCAAUAUCGAAGAUUGCUCGGAACGCAGGAAGCCGAGAACCUAUGUGAUACGGCAAAUAAAUCAGAAAAGUAACGAAAGUAAUUGGCUUAAUGAUUUGGAAAGGAUCACUUAUGCGGGGCCAUCCUCCGAUCUGAGCCUUUCCUGCUGUAGUUUCUCGAAUCACAAUGUUCAUUUCGAUUAAAACGGAUUAUCUAAUCACA